CGCAUAGAGCAGAGCUGACAUCAGGGGGAGGAGGAGGAGCGACUGCACAGCAUUAAAAACCUUCCCACACAGCUAUAAAGCUUUUAUAAUCAACCAGGUUGCAGAUAUAGAGGAGAUAAUCUGAAUCAAUCUAUCCUGAUGGCUCCAGUUAAGGAGGGGAAUCCAGAUGAGGCCAAGUGUUCAGACAAUACCAAGACCAAAGUAAUAACAGGACUGGAGUGUAUCGCUCCACUUAUCAAGACAGCGGAGGAAACCCCUGAACCAAUCACCACCACGGUCCAAGGCACUAUCCCAUCCUGGAUCAGUGGUAACUUCCUUCGCAAUGGACCGGGGAAGUUCGAAUUUGGAAACACACACUACAACCAUUGGUUUGAUGGGAUGGCCAUGCUCCACCAGUUUAAGAUCCAGAAGGGCCAGGUGACGUACAUGAGCCGCUUCCUGCAGAGCGACGCCUACAAGAAGAACAGUGAGAGGGAUCGCAUCAUGAUGUCAGAGUUCGGUACUCUGGCGAUGCCUGAUCCCUGUAAAAACUUCUUCCAGAGAUUCCUCUCUCGCUUUGAGAUGAUGGAACCCACAGACAAUGCCAGCGUGAGCUUUGUAAAAUACAAGGGUGACUACUAUGUCAGCACAGAGACCAAUUUCAUGCACAGAGUGAACCCUGAAACCCUGGAAAUGGUGGAAAAGGUUGACUGGAGCAAGUUUAUUGCAGUGAAUGGAGCCACUGCUCAUCCCCAUUACGACCCAGAUGGCACAGCCUACAAUAUGGGAAACUCCUAUGGAAGCAAAGGAGCUCUGUACAACAUCAUCAAAGUGCCCCCUAAGAAAACAGAAAGCAAUGAAACCCUGCAAGGAGCCAAAGUGCUCUGUUCAAUUGUUCCAGAAAACAAGUCCCAUCCCUCCUACUACCACAGCUUCGCCAUGUCUGAGAACUACGUCGUUUUCAUCGAGCAGCCAAUUAAGAUGGACCUCCUGAAGAUAGUCACAUGCAAGAUAAGGGGAAAGGCUUUGAAUAAGGGAAUAUACUGGGACCCGAAACAGGACACCGUCUUCCAUCUCAUUGACAAGCGUACAGGAGAGGUCACUCCCAUUAGGUACCACACCAAAGCGAUCUCCACCUUCCAUCAGAUCAAUGCCUUUGAGGAGGACGGCUUCCUCAUGGUGGAUAUGUGCUGCGCAGAUGGCGGCCAAGCCAUCAGCAACUACCUCAUUCAGAACUUACGCAAAUCAGGAGAGGCGCUGGAUGAAGUGUAUAAAACCACUGACAGAACCUUUCCUCGGAGGUUUGUUCUGCCUUUAAAUGUCACCAAUGAGACGCCUUUGGACCAGAACCUGAACACCCGGCCAUCCAGCAGCGCAACAUGUGUCAAAAUCAGUGCGGACAAGGUGUUCUGCCAACAUGAGGAUCUCCAUGGAGAUGACCUAUACCAGUACGGUGGCCUCGAGUUCCCUCAAAUCAACUACAGCAGAUUUAACACCAAACCAUAUCGUUAUUUCUAUGGCUGUGGCUUCAGACACAUGGUGGGAGACUCCCUGCUCAAGGUGGACCUAAAGGACAAGACACUUAAGGCCUGGAACCAGAAGGGCUUCUACCCAUCAGAGCCGGUUUUUGUGCCGUCGCCUGAUGCAGUAGAGGAGGACGAUGGAGUCAUCCUGUCUGUGGUUCUCACACCCUCACAGGAUAAAGGAACCUUUCUCCUUGUUCUGGAUGCGAGAACCUUUGAGGAGCUGGGUCGGGCCAACGUGCCUGUAAACAUGCCUUAUGGCUUCCAUGGUACCUUCUCUGUCUCUGCAUAAAUCAGUGCCUAUCAAUAUUAAAGGGAUUAAAGUUACUGAAUAUAAUGCAGUAGGUAAACAUCAAGAAUUAACCAAAGAUUUUUACGAUAUUCAUUCACUCUAUUAGUAGUAUCUUUUAGCAGCUCUGAUUGGGUUUAGAGUUACUUUAAAUAUUUAAUGCAGAUAUGAAAUCAGCCAUCAGCCGCAAACUGGAUUUAAUUUUUUUUUCUAAAUGAGUGUUGUUUUUUUUGUUUUUUUUAAGUGGACACUUUGUUCAAACCAGAAAAGCCCACAAAAGUGAAAUCUCCACAAAGUGCGAUUAUGGUUCUGCUCGAUUUACAUCAAUUCAAAUUAAUUAGCACCACGCCCAUUUCUAUUUCAUCCAAACGGCCAAUUUCCACCAAUCAUAGGCUGCAAGCAGCUAGUUAAACGUUGCUGCUUGUGUACAUUUUUUUUUACCUAUUGUGUAAAAAAUUAGGAAUUAAUGGUAAAUGUAGCUCACUGCUAACAUGGCUAAUGCUACAGCCCAUUAAACCAACUUAUACAGUAGUACCCAUUUAAAAUAUCUCCACUUUCCUUGCUGGGCUCUUGGCUGGCCCUUGUCUUGUCCCCUAAAAUUCUUUUUUAAACAUCAAUCUAUGUAGUAAAAUAUUGUUUCUGUCAUGAUUUGUGGACAUUAAGAUCUUAAGAGAACCGUCAUCUCCUGUUCAGACCCUGUAAUUCAGUGAAAGGGUGGAGUCAGAGUAAAAAAUAUGCACGCCCAGGAGUUUCAGGCAAGUGGGCUUCCAUUCGGCUGGCGUUUGACUGGGAAGGGCCAUUUUGAAUGCCUGCUUCUGUAUUCAAAUUCUUGUACAUAUGCUUGCAAGAAAAAAGGGGUACGAAAAAACAGCCUGAAGGAGCUCUAAUUGAUUUAGUUUCCUCUAAACAUGAUGGAACAACAAUUUAAAGACAGGAUUGUAGAAGUUAAAUGCUAAACUAUCUGGUACAUUGCCUGACAUGAUGCUGACCGUAAAUCCAUGAUGCAGAUCUUGUAGCAGCAGAACUCAGGAUCCUUCAAACCAGUAAUUUUUUUUUUUUUUUAUCUUUCAUUUUUUCACUUUAACUAUCUGGUGGAAAUUUUAGCUUCAGUUUCUGGUGAUUUUAACCUGCUUUGGUUCUCUGCUGCUGUUUCCCAUCUGAUAGAAGGGUUUAUAUGUGGAACAUUCAAAGAGGCUAAACCACUCUGACAUUUUCUUCUGACCUAUGACAUUAACAAUGCAUUUCCAUCCUCAUUACUGCAGCUCCUUUCUAUUGAGACACUCAGACAAAGCUGGGCUGCCACCGAAAAAAAAUGUCCUAUACUAAAAACUUUUUUCUUUUUCAUCUGAUCCUCGAUUUGAACCACCAGAGUGUUUCCUCUCCACGUCCACAGCCUUAAAUGUUUCUGCCAGGUAGCUGCUGUUUUUUCUUGUUUAUAACCAAACUGUAAACCUAACAAAUACGUGUAUUCUUAUUUUCAUAGAUCCGCCAUCGUUACUGACAGAAUGCUGAUAGCAUUGUAUACAUUGUUUUAAAGGCUUGUUUAUCAAUCUGUUAGAUGAAAUUACAAUUUUCUUUUCUUUUUUUUUUAAACACUACAGUAUUAUUAAACUUUUGUGCUUUAGUAUUAACUAAGCUGCCAAAGUCUAAGAUUUUUCAAGGAAAAAACCUGUUUACUGAUUUUUGUACUAAAUUCUAUAUUUUAUACCAAUAACGGUUCAAUAAAAU